GGAGGAGGAGGAGGAGACUCUUAUUCUCUACCUGCCCAGUCAGGUCCCGCCUCGCCUUCCUCCUUCUUCUUGGGCUACGCCAGCCCCUGGAUCCUGCCCGGCCAGGAAGGAGGCGGAGCGCAGCCUUUGGAGCAGCAGCGGCGGCGUCGGAGCGCAGGCGAGGCGCACCGUCGGCUCCGGUUUUGCAGGCGAGAGAUGGGGAACCAGAAGGUGGCUGCGCUUCUUCUGGUCGGGCUGGGCUUGGCGGCCGUGGCGGGACUGCUGCUCCUCUGCCUGCCCGCCAAGGACCUGCGGGAGCCGCCCGCCUUGAAGUAUGGAAUUGUCCUGGAUGCAGGAUCUUCCCACACCGCCAUGUUCGUGUACAAGUGGCCGGCGGACAAGGAAAACGACACCGGGAUCGUCAGUCAACACAGCGCGUGCGACGUGGAUGGUGGCGGCAUCUCCAGCUACGUCGCCGAUCCCUCAGCAGCUGGACGGAGCUUGACGGCGUGUCUUGACCAGGCCCAGGUCGAUGUUCCGAAGGAGAGGCACGCAGCCACCCCUCUUUACCUGGGAGCCACAGCCGGCAUGCGGCUGCUCAACCUCGCUGACCCUGCGGCUUCGGACAGGGUCCUUGCAGCUGUAAGCGCCACUAUGAAGCAGUACCCCUUUGACUUCCGUGGAGCCAGGAUCCUAAGCGGAGAGGAUGAGGGCGUGUUUGGCUGGGUGACAGCUAACUAUCUCCUGGAGAACUUCAUCAAGUACGGAUGGAUUGGACGCUGGGUCCGUCCCAAGAAGAAGACCCUGGGCGCCAUGGACCUGGGGGGAGCUUCCACCCAAAUCACCUUUGAGACACCGGAGGUUAUCGAGAGCCGCCCUGCCAACGAGGCGACGCUGCGGCUCUACGGGCAGACGUACAAGGUCUACACGCACAGCUUCCUCUGCUAUGGCAGGGACCAGAUCCUGAAGAGGCUUCUGUCCAAGGUGCUGAAGGCCGAAAGGUACGCCCUCCAGCUGAGCAACCCCUGUUGGCCCGUAGGAUACGGGAAGAACUUCACGGUGGGAAGCGUCUACGACUCGCCGUGCACCGAAGCGGAGAAGCCGGCCAACUACUUCCCCACCGCUAUGGUCAACAUGAGCGGCUCUGGGGACGCGGCCAAAUGCCUCCGGCACGUCGACAGCCUCUUCCAGUUCACGGCCUGCCCCUAUUCCCACUGCUCCUUCGACCAAACCUUCCAGCCAAGCGUCGCGGGGAACUUCAUCGCCUUCUCCGCCUUUUUCUACACCGUGGACUUCAUCCGGACGCAAAUGAAGAGACGGGUGGCCAUGCCGAGUGACCUUGAGCAGGCUGCCCAUGAGAUCUGCAGCGCAACGUGGUCCGAGCUUCUUGAGAAAGCGCCGGGCCUGGAGAAGAGGCUCCCCGAUUACUGCUCAGCGACCACCUUCAUCUUCCUCAUCCUCACGCGGGGCUACCAAUUUGACAACGGCACCUUCCCCAACAUCGUCUUCCAGAAAAAGGCUGGGGACGCAUCCAUCGGCUGGGCCCUGGGAUACAUGCUGAACCUCACCAACAUGAUCCCGGCCGAGGAGACCGGAUUCUGGAAGGGCACGGCGUACGGCCCCUGGGUUGGCCUGGUCCUCCUCUUCGCCGCCAUCAUCCUGGCCACGCUGGCCAGCAUCUUCUGCCUGCUGAGAUCCUCCAAGGGACGGGGAGCGAUGUAAGAGCAGGCGGGGAAACCCGGCAGGCACGGCGGGGGUUGAUAUGGGAGGAUGGGCAGAUCCAGCGCCCAGCCCAACCCCGUGGCUUGCGGGCUCGGAAUCCCCCUGCGGAGUCCCCCACCCCAAACCCCAACUGCGACCUGGAAGGAGAGGAGACGGAGACGGAUUCUGGAUCCAGGAACCAUUUCUCUGAGGCUUGCGAUGAACGGUCGACUUUCCUCCUUUUCUUACAUCGCCGUUGGAAAUCCCAACUCCCGGAAGAAGUUGUGCUUGUUCUUUUAAUAAGGACCCCAGACGAUGUGGCGAUCCUGCAAAAAGAGAAAAGAAUACUGGAACGAGAUAUAUGAAGAACUAAAGAAAACGUUUAAAAUCACAUUUAAAAAAGGGGGGGGA